CUGUCAGCACCCGGAAGUUGACGCUGUGUUGUCAGUAGAAACAGGAUGUUAUCGGAGCUGCUGUAAUUCAAAAGAGCACCAUGGGGAACACUGAGAGCGUGGUGGUGCAGAAGCGGCUGGCCCGCUUUCGCCCCGAAGAGCGGCCUGUGGUCGAGGGGGUGUUCGACAGGCUCCAGGGGGAUGCUGGGGGUUCGGCAGGAGCCUCCCAGAAAACACCAGCAGGAAAGAAUCUAACGCUUGAGAUGCUGCAGUCCUCACUGGGCAGCCUGGCCCCAGACUCCAUGAUAAACAGGCUCUACCAGUGCAUGUGCAGCAUCGAGCCAGGACUGGCGACGCCUGCAGCCGCUGGGAAGAUGAGCACCUCUGCUGCAUCUGGAGUCGGUCGUGAGCAGAUGGUCAUCUUCCUGGCAGACACCCUGCGGGGAACUGCAGAGGAACGGGCUCCUCUUGUCAUGUCCAUGUCCCGUCGUGGGACGGAGGCGGCAGUCACGUGUGAGCAGGUCGCAGAGUUCCUGCAGGACCUAAUCUCUGCUGUAGUUCAGAUUCUGGUCCACAGAGGGCGCCUGCAGGGCUGGAAGCCAGAGAGAAUGGGUGAUGUCUCCCAGGGCGUCAAACUCCUGGCGGAGCAGAUGUGUUCUGAACUCAAACCUGCAGACGAAGGUUGUGAUGUCUCCUGUCUGGAGGACUGGAUCUUCAGGGUCUCCCAGGUAUCUCUGUACCUGGAGAUGCUGGUCGCUGAGGGCCUGAACGUGUCUCUGAGUGGACGGCCGGCCCCCACCCUGCUGCCUCCCUGCAGGGAGACGCCCUGGAAAGAUCUCAAGUGUCUGCUGGACCUUCCCACCAUCAUGUUUCUGGCACCACAGUUGCCAGACAGCUACAGCGCCCCCUGGAGACUUGUAUUUUCCACACAGCUGCAUGGGGAGAGCUUCACCAGGAUGGUGAGCGGCCUGACGAAGCACGGGCCGACUCUGCUGCUGGCCAAAGACUCAAAGGGACACACCUUCGGGGGCUUCGCCUCCCACACGUGGGAGGUCAAACCUCAGUUCCAGGGUGACUCCAGAUGCUUCCUGUUCACUGUGUUCCCCAGACUGAGAGUUUACACAGCCACAGGAUACAACCAACACUUCAUGUAUCUCAACCAGAAUCAGCAGACCAUGCCCAACGGACUGGGUAUGGGUGGUCAGCAUGGCUACUUCGGCCUGUGGCUGGACUGUGAUUUUGGCCGUGGUCAUAGCCGUGCACGACCCAAGUGCACCACCUACGGCAGCCCUCAGCUGUCUGGAGAGGAGGACUUCACCCUGGACUCAGUGGAAGUGUGGGCGGUCGGAAAACCCCCGGAACCAGAGGAGGAUGAGGAGGCGAACAGAAAGAAGAAGAGCGUCCUGGAUUCAGACCUCGAGGUCAAGGCCAUGAUGGAGAUAUCAGGGAAGACUCUGCACAGUCAGGGCCUCAGGGAGCCGGAGGAGGACGACGAGCAGUGAGGGACAGGAAGACAGAGCUAAACUAAGCUAAGCUAAGCUAGUACGCGGUCUGCAAAGUGGGAGUGGCCUCAGUCGACCAGAGAGCACAGAAUCCACAUCGUCACCUGAAGAUCUAAAUUAAAGACACUAUGGAUUAUACAUAAACGUGUGUGUGUGUGUGUGUGUGUGUGUGUGUGUGUGU